AUGGGAAAAUGGCGAGACGAUUGGAAUUCCACGCUGGAAUUCCAACGUGGAGUUUUUCUGCGGGCGACGGACGGGAGAGGCGGCUUGCGCCACCUAUCCCUUACAGCAAUUCUGUCGAUCGUUACGGAUUUUUCGCCUGGAUUCGGAAUUGAUGACCCACGUUGUGCCGAAGAUGUUACAUCUUGGUGUCGCGAAUUCGCCCCCGAAACGCAGGUGGCAAUUUUGCGCGUUUUCUACGAAGUCGGCGACGAAACAAUGCCACAAAUUCAAGUCGUUAAUUUUGCACCGAAUUUGCUGAAAUCUGAAAACUAUUAUGAUGCUUCAGUUCCAGACCAGCGCGGAAAACCCCUUUCACGCAGAAACCUUUAUGAAUCACACACGAAUUCCCUCGCCAAAUUCAACGAAUGGCUGAAUCGGAAAGCGCAGUCAGGCGAGGAAAUCACAAUAUUGGGGAUGCAAACGGUUCUCCAGCCGACCAGAGCCAUUUCCGCCUUAACAUCCACGUCCUGGGAACAUUUGGAUGCCGAAGAAACCAUCUUCCCGUCCAAUCUGUGCAAGAAAACUUUGGAAUCGGUCAAAAUGUUGCGGGUAUUUUACUCGGGAUCCGUAAGCGAUGAUUCCCUUUCGGGAGACUCCCGCAAUAACCCGCGGGUCUCUUGUCGGUCAUUUUUCCCCGAAAACCCGCGCGAGGAUCUCAGCUACGAACUUUGGCAAAGGGCGACGAGUUUUGCCAGAGAUAAGCAGCUGAAAGCCGGCUUUCUGAGGCUGGAGACAGUCAAGACAGUCGUGUCUACGCCGGAAGCAACUUUGCCGAUGGAUUAUGGCUCGGCGAGUUUGUGCUUUGACAAGACGGCGAAUACUUUUUGGGUCACCGGGUUCGUGUUGUACUUUUAUUCGCUCGGGGGCCGGGAGGACUCGUUGGGUUCCGUUGCCAGCGGCGGUGAGGAAAUCGAUGUUGAGCAGUGCGUUUCUGACAAGAAACCCCAGCAGCACAGGAAAAGGUUCAGUGGACGCUGCAUCGUUGCCUGAAAUGUUCUCC